AUGAUUGAUGCCGACCAGUGGGCUCGCUUUGUCACGGCCGUGUCAAGUACAUUAUCCUGGAGCGCCUCAUUCUAUCCCCAGCCGUGGCUGAACUGGAAACGUCGGUCCACUCAAGGCCUUGCCAUAGAUUUUCCACUUCUCAACGUUCUGGGGUUUGUAUGCUACAGUGCCUCGACCUGCUCUUUCCUGUAUUCACCCACAAUCCGGAAACAAUAUGCAGUGAGGCACCCCGCGUCCCCGGAGCCGACCGUGCAGUCGAAUGAUGUGGCCUUUGGUCUGCACGCCGUGGUCCUCGUCAUCUUGACGUACUCGCAAUUCUACUCACGGCUAUGGGGCUUUCGAGUGUCGGAUCACCAGCGAGCCACUCGCCCGGUGUUGGCAAUCGUGUGGGGGAGCCUCCUCGCUGUUGCUGGCAUGGUUGUCCUGGUGACUUCCCGCUCGGGGUUGAAGGACCAGGAUCCAAUGGACUGGGCCUGGAUAGACGUGCUGUACACCCUGGGUUAUGUCAAGCUGGUCUGUACUUUUGUUAAGUACAUCCCACAGGCCUUCUUCAACUAUAAGCGCCAGUCGACCGAAGGCUGGAGCAUAUUGCAAAUCUUGUUUGAUCUGACCGGGGGCGUGCUGUCCAUAGCUCAGCUGGUGCUCGAUGCGAGCUUCGGCGGUGACUGGAGUGGAAUCACGGGGAAUCCUCUGAAGCUGGGGCUCGCGAAUAUUAGCAUGGGCUUUGACUUGCUUUUCAUCCUCCAACACUAUGUUCUGUAUCGGGGACGAGAAGAGAUGUGGAAGGGCUCGGACGGCGACAACGACCCCGAACGGCCGCUACUCAGUCGUUGA